CUUCCUUUGUUCGGUUAAUGAAAUGUAACCGUUUCAAGUGACCACUGGUUGCGCAGUUUCUUCUUGGAUUCUGAUCCAAGAUUCAUUUCUGUUAUUUCGAUUGGAAUCAACCGCCCCAGACGAAUUUUCAUCCUAUUCCAACUUGGCCUCCAUGUAUUUUCCCAUCUUGUUUGCUUUAUAUUUUUCUUCCAAAGGUCCGAUAAGGGCUUAUCAUUAUCUCAGCGCGAUACCGCGACAUCGAGUCCCUUAAUCAUCGCAAAACUCGAUCAAAAACUGGCCAAGUGCGUCGCACUUUUUCGCCCCUUUUGAUUAACUCGCGACAAUGCGUGAUUGGGGCGGUUUCGAGGUCGAAUUACCAGUGAGCGGCGAAAGGUGAACGGGUUUCAUUGCGAAAACUGGCACGGUUUCCAAUAUUACUAUGCAAGUAAGUUCUCGCACUGCUCGGUCCUUGAAUAUUGAAACGCUCCCACCAUUACAUUAAUAUUCGCAAUAGCGCGAAAAAAACGGGGAGGAUUUCCGAAACGAUUACAGUGUCUAAAAGCUUGGGAGUGUGUUAUUUUCGUGUUCCGUUAUUUACUCAGAUAUCAUUAUCGUGUUACCACGUUAGGUUGAUACACAAGAGCUGCGAUUAUUUAUUUAAAAGUUAUUUAUUAUACAACGUUUAGACACGUAUCAAACACUAUCUAGUGAGACACGGUCGUUAGUACUUACUAGCCGCGCGUUCUGUGAUGGACAAUCACUUUUCCCCAAACACUCGAUUGGAAACAAAUAGUCUAAUAGCACACUAUCCUGUUCAACCAGAGUAUGGCGUUUUCGACGAUCAUAAUAAGGAAGAGCGAAGAUAUUCGAUCGUCUAUCAAAAGCCGAAUAAGUGGUUCGGAGUGCGACAUCUGCAGUGCAUCUUUUUGGCGUUGCUGCUCUGCAUCGGAUAUGGGAUGAGAGUGAACCUGUCCGUCGGAAUCGUGGCUAUGACGGAUCCUACCAUCAAUCCGGGAUUUAAAACGUACGACUGGCACGAUGAGAGCAUCAUACUGUCGUCCUUCUUUUGGGGCUACAUCCUGCCGCAAGUGGUCGCCGGUCAGGUCUCGAAGAACUACGGCGCGCGAUGGUUUUUAGUGGGCACAAUGACCGGUUGCUCCCUAUUCACCGCUCUCAUACCGGUAAUGGCCGAUUUGGGAUCCUGGGGAGUCAUGAUCUGCAGAAUCGUGCAAGGGUUUACGCAGGGAUUCUUCUAUCCGUGUGUGCACACAAUGCUGACCAAAUGGGCGCCUCUUCCCGAACGAUCGAGAUUGGGCGCUUUCGUUUUCGCAGGAGGUCCUUUGGGAUCGGUAAUCGCAAUGCCGCUCACUGGAUGGAUAUCGGGCAGCUCAUACGGGUGGCCGUUUGCCUUUUAUCUUUACGGCCUGCUUGGAUUUGUAUGGGCGGUUGGAUUCUCAAUAUUCGGAUCUAACAGUCCAUCGGAAACCGAAACGAUAACUCCCGAGGAGAAGCUCUACAUUGAGACCAGUUUGGGGGUCAAGACCGAACACUCAGAGAGAAUGCCCACGCCUUGGAAAGCCAUCUUUACAUCUCUACCAGUCUGGGCGAUUUUGGCGACUCACUGCGCGCAAAACUGGGGCUUUUGGACUUUACUCACGGAAAUGCCGACCUACAUGAAGAACGUAUUGAACUUCGACAUCAAAGCGAACGGCCUGCUUUCCGCCUGCCCUUACUUUACAAUGUGGGUGAUGAGCUUCAUCUUCAGCGGAUUCACCGAUUAUAUCAUAAACAAGGACUGCGUGUCGAUCGGUACCGGAAGAAAGAUAGCGAACAGUAUCGGCCUUUACAUUCCGGCGGCGGCGCUUAUAUUAUUGGGAACGUUGGACAGUGGCGUCAACAUGACCGGAAUGGUCAUAUCUCUGCUGAUAAUAGCGGUCGGUAGCAAUGCGGCCCAUAUGUGCGGCUAUCAAGUGAAUCACUUGGAUUUAUCGCCGACACAUGCGGGCACACUGAUGGGCAUCACUAAUGGAUUCUCGAAUAUUUUCUCGAUUUUGGGACCCCUUUUGGUCCAUUACGUCGUUGUGGAUAAGCACGACCCUAACCAAUGGAAGUUGGUAUUUCUAAUAGCAGGGGGAAUUUACAUUUUUGGCAAUACAUUUUACGUUCUCUUCGGAUCUGGAGACAUUCAACCGUGGGACACCUGCGAGGCUUACGAUGAUGAUGAUGACAUUGAAAAAAAUGAAAAAUCCGCCGACAAAAGCUAAUAACAAGAAGCAGCUGUGGUGUAAGAUAUAAAUUUCCGUAAAAGUACUCCGUUUCUGUUCUGGUUUCCAGUAUUCGAAGUACCUGUCUAGUAAAAUUAAGAAAAUUUUCGAUUGUGAUACAAGGCAACAUUGAGCUAUAUCUUUGGAACGCAGUGAUUAUGCGAGGCCAAAGUAAUGUCUAAUGCCUGCGCCGAGCUAACUUAUUUGUUUUUAGAACUACUUUUAUAGAUUUUAUUUAUUUGUCCACUAAGCUAAAUUAUUGUUAACUGUGAUCAUUAAGUAACAAAUAAAAGAAUACUCUAUA